AAUGUUCUUGAAGUUUUAUGUGUUUUAAACAAUUUUUUCGUGAAAAAUUGAUACAAAUAAAACAAUUUAACAUUCUUCAACGAUUUAUCAUGGCCAUCUGACACUUUGAUGUAAUUUAGUCCCCUACCUCUGUAGCUGAGGUAUCAUGUACUCCAUGUGAAAAGGACACAAGUACCAAUAAAGUAUACUGACUGUAAAAUGUGUACACGAGUUCAGAUAAAAGCAGAAGAUGUAUGCAUACUAGAAAGACCAUGAAGCACUCAAUAUGUAUGGUGUCAGAUUUCUUUUAUCCCAACAUGGGAGGUGUGGAGAGCCACAUAUAUCAGCUGUCACAGUGUUUGCUGGAGAGAGGCCACAAAGUGGUGGUGGUUACUCAUGCUUAUGGUGAAAAAAAAGGAGUAAGAUACCUCAGCAAUGGUCUAAAGGCAUAUUAUCUCCCUUUUAUUCCAUUUUACAACCAAUGCAUCCUGCCAACAAUUUUCACCACUUUCCCUCUGCUGAGAAACAUAUUUAUCAGAGAACAAAUAACCAUUGUACAUGGACACUCGGCUUUUUCAACAUUAGCCCAUGAGGCCAUGUUUCAUGCCCGCACAAUGGGUCUGAGGACAGUGUUUACUGAUCAUUCCUUGUUUGGAUUUGCUGAUGCCAGCUCCAUUCUGACCAACAAGGUCCUACAGUUCUCCUUGGCCGAUACCAACCAUGUCAUCUGUGUAUCUCACACAAGCAAAGAAAACACAGUGUUGAGAGCCAGGAUUAAGCCACAAAUGGUCUCUGUCAUCCCAAAUGCUGUGGAUGGGACAAUGUUUACUCCAGAUCCAACUAAAAGGCAGAAAAAUAAAAUCACCAUUGUAAUGGUCAGCAGACUGGUCUACAGGAAAGGUAUGGACUUGCUGGCUAGUGUCAUUCCACAAAUCUGCUCUUGUCAUAAGGAUGUGCAGUUCAUCAUAGGUGGGGAAGGUCCAAAGAGAAUUGUUCUGGAGGAGAUGAGAGAGAGUCAUGAUCUCCAUGACAGAGUUCAGCUUCUAGGAGCAGUUAAUCACAAGGAUGUCAGAGAUGUGCUUGUACAGGGAGACAUAUUAAUCAACACAUCCCUCACGGAGGCGUUCUGCAUCGCCAUAGUGGAAGCUGCCUGUUGUGGGUUGUCAGUAGUCAGUACUAGGGUUGGCGGUGCACCAGAAGUUCUGCCCCCUGAUCUUAUAUAUUUUGCAGAGCCGAGUGUCAAAGAUUUUGUGCAGACAUUGCACAAAGCAAUUGAGGACAGAAGAAAGGGAAAGUUUGUCCCACCAUUUGAUGCUCAUGAGAGGAUUAAAAAGAUAUACACCUGGAGGAACGUUGCCAAGCGGACAGAGGUUGUGUACAAGCAGGUCGUGGAGGAAGUUCCUUACGAUUCAGGAGACAGACUUAUUAGCUUCUACAAAUGUGGUCCAUUGUCAGGAAAGCUGUUUGUUAUAGCUGCAGUUCUCAACAUGUUCCUAUUGUGGAUACUAGAGACUCUCUGGCAACCAGCAAAGGAUAUAGAGUAUGCUGUGGAACUGACACCUUUACAGAAUUUCAGACAAAGGAGUCAAAGUAUAGACAGUAGUGUAGUAGAAAAUAAACUGUCAGCAAAGAGGACUUAUCUAGAUUAGUACAAUGUACUAAAGAUCUUUUUUAUAUGUUACCUAUAUUAGGCUUUGAAAUAUUGUACAUAAGUUGUUGUUUUUUUUUACUACUAGCAAAAGUAAAACAUGAAUAGAAUAAAAUAAUAUUGAAUUCUGUAUAUUUAAUGUGUAAAAAUGCUUGCUUUUUAUGUCAAACUUCCUUUCUUCUUGCCAAAUUAAGGUCUUGCUUCACACUAACAUUGAUGUACAUGUAGGUCAGAGGGUACAAAACGAAGAGUUUAAAAAAUAAUAAGCAAGUAAAAUAUUUAGGUUUAAAAAUCUGAUGGUCUUGGCUAUUUGAAUCUACUUUUAAGGAAACUUUAAACACUAAUGAUUUUUCUUUCAUUUAUUAUGAAUGUGUUUUUCACUGUAGAUUCCUGUUUAUUUUUUUUUCUAUUACAACUAAGGGCAGAUCACUCUAACUGCAUAAAACUGUCAUGGUAUUAGAAGUUCUUCUAUCAGUAGUGUUUAGAGCUUCCUUAAAAGAAGAAUCCUUAUAGGAAAGUUUGUUUGUUUUUUUAAUUCAUUAACUUGACCAUGUCUGGAAUUUACAUAAUUUUUUGCUUCAAACCUGCAAUAAUUAAAUCACUAUUGGAGGCAUGUGCAUGUAUAAAUGAGAAUUAGGAUUUUAUAUUUGUACAUUGCAAGAAUUUAAAUUCAAUAAAAAGGAAAGCCGUU